AAUUCUUUGAUAGCCGCAAGAAGGUGGCGUUUUCUGCAAAGUUUAAUGAUAUUACGAAAACUUUGGCGAAAUGCCGGGAAGCUAGCGAUACCCAGGGUUAUCGAUCUUUCUGGAGCUUGAUAUUAGCUUAGAAGAUGUAGUUCAGCGCAUAAAAGCGUAGAAGCUCAGUCUUCCAGAGACCGACAUGGCACAAGAGCGCGUACCAGUCCCUGAGUGGGCUAUCGUUUGCACUGAGGUGUCUACAGCAGGCGAUAUAAUCUGUGCUAUGACGGCGGAUGCGCAACCAGCCCCGAGUGCUGCCCAACCUGCCGGGCUAAUCUCGGGCUUGUCCGGGCUCGAUUUCACGCACCCGUUGAGCAAAGCUAUCGGAAUGACGGGUGCUGGCGAAGGAAACGGCUCUCGCCCGUCCGCGAUGCUGGUGCUGAGCCUCCCCGCAGAUCACAGCAGGCAGGGCACGGCCACGAAGCCGACAGUGGAAUUGCAUGCUGGAACCGCGGACCUAGACGCGGCGGAGAAGGGCGGUCAUGGCUCAGACUGCAGGGAGCAUGGCAAGGCCAAGGCAAUGGACCGCCCAACCGGCUCCCUGGGCGCGCGGCAAUCCAGCCUCAAGUCACUGGUCCCGGAGCUGCCGGCCGCGUGGCAGCUGGCCGCCGGCGUUAGGACGCCCUCGGGUGGCGUGGGUUCCGAGUCGUCCGGCGCAGGCAGCAGCGACUGCUGCGGCGGCGCGCUGGGGCGGCUGUCGGGCGGCGGCAGCGGCGGGCCGGGCGUGACGCCCUGCAGCGGCGGCGGCUGGUGGAAGGCGGCGGGGCACAGCUUCGUGCUGGAGCUUAAGAAAAUCUGGGAGGUGGUUCGCUCCAAGCCGGUGGUGCUGUUGCCGGGAUUCGUUGUGCUGGGUGUUCUGAUGGGUCUGGGGCUGUGGGCAGUCAUCGCCGCCAGCGACAACGAGGUGCAGAACCGCAUGGAGGCGGCGCAGAAGAUCGCCACGGACAAGGCGCUGUACAUCCAGACGGAGCUGGACAAGACCUUCAUGCCCGCCUACGUGGUCAGCGCCACAGUGCAGCAGGCGCCCUACUACUACCCGCCGCAGCCGCCGGACCUGUGGCAGCAGUACCCCAACCACUGGUACCUGGAGCACGAGGCGUUCGACCGCCUCAGCAAGAACCUUAUCGCGCUCACGCGGGCCGGCUCGGUGCGCACGGUGAGUUCCAUCCCGCACGGCUACAUCCGCACCAUGUACCCACUGACGGGCACCACGCCCGCCGAUGACCGCAACUGGGGCGCCAUCGGCAAGAACUGGCUCAACGACAGCGCCAACGUGGUGCCGGUCAUGCUGUCGCUCAGCAGCCGCAACCUGACCAUCAUCGGCCCCUACAACCUGACCCAGGGCGGCAUAGGCAUCGUGGGAAUGCAGGCCAUAUUCGUGAACGGCACCCGCAACACCACAUUCGACAUCCCGCCGGGCCCGGACGGCUCGGACGGCCCCACCUCCUCCAUCCCCGGCAUGCUGGACCUAGUGUGGCAGCCGCAGCAUCCGGAGGCGCCGCGUUUCUGGGGCCUGUGCACGGUGCUGUGCAGCUGGGACGCGCUGCGUGACAACGUGACGCACCUGCAGGACCUGGAGGCGCAGGGCUACGAGUACGUGCUGACGCGCCCGCACGUGCCGCCCGGCACCGAGCUGGCGGUGGACUGGUCGGCGGGGCUGGACCCGGCCCGCCCGCCCGGCUUCGACGCCACGGAGUGGGGCGUGCGGCCGCUCAUCUUCUACGACCUGCACCAGGGGCUGGCGAACCCGGUGGUGACCAAGGUAGUGCUGCCCAAUGUGGAGUGGACGCUGUACGUGACGCGCACGGAGGGCUGGGUGCCCAGCUGGCGGGCGCCGCUCAUUGCCAUGGUGGUCAUCGUGUCGGUGGUCCUCAGCAUGCUGGUGUUUGUGGUGGUGGUCAGCCGCGUGCAGCAGCGCCGGCUGCUGCGGGAGGUGGUGAGGGCGGCGGCGCAGCUGGCCUGCACCACCCGCACACUGGAGGAGGAGAAGAACCGCAUGCAGGCACUGCUGGCGCGCCACUACGACCUGAUUGACCUGCUGGAGGGCGGCGUCGGCGCCGUCGCGGCCAGCAUGAACGGCGCUGCAGGUGGCAGCGGUGGCAACAGCGCCACGGACGACGGCACGCGGCGCAACCUGGACAUCCUGCGCCAGAAGAUGCUGCUGACCGGGACCAGCGCGCGCCGCGAGCAGCUGGGGGAGGCGGAGCAGGUCACCAUGCUGGAGAUGCUGGGCGAGGGCACCUUUGGCAAGGUGUACAAGGGCUUGUGGCGGGGGACGGAGGUGGCGAUCAAGACCAUUGUGCUGCCGGCGCGCAUGAGCGGCAAGGAGAAGCGCGAGAAGAUGGCGGUCAUGGAGGCCGCCAUCAGCAGCUCGCUAUCGCACCCCAACAUCGUGCAGACCUACACCUACCACAUCCGCCCGCUGCGGGACUCCUCCGCCCUGCCCCCCAGCACCUCGGCGCCCGGGCAGGGGCUGCUGGGCGGCGGCACAGGGGCGGGCCAGGCGGGGGGCCAGGUGGCGGGUCAGGCGGCAGGUCAGGCGGGCGCGCAGGGCUCACAACCGGGCGGCGGCGGGAUGGCAGUGGUGGCCAACGGCCUGGAGGCCGACGGCAACGGGGCCGGCGCGGCAGUCAGCGCUGGCCGUACACAGGUGCUGGCGGACCAGGGCGCCAUCAUGAUCGGCUCCCCGGACUCCUCCUUGUCCGCCACCGCCUCCGGCCUGGCGCCCCUGCAACCGCCCGGCAGCGCUGCCGCGGCCGCGGCGGCCGCCGUGGCUGCCGUUGGGGCCGCACCCGGCGUCACGCCCAAUCGGGGCGUGUCGCUAGCGGACCCCACGGGCGGCGCGGGCGGCGUUGGUGCUGGCGCCGCCCCCUUGGGCCCGGGCGCUGGCGGCAUCCACAGCUGGGAGGUGCAGCUGGUGCUGGAGUACUGCGACCGGGGCUGCCUGCGGGACGCGCUGGAUGCCGGCGCCUUCUUCUCCGCGGAGGGCCUGAACUACCCCGCCAUCCUGGACACGGCGGCUGACGUGGCCAAGGCGCUGCUGCACCUGCACCUCAACGACGUUCUGCACGGCGACCUCAAGGCAACCAACGUGAUGCUCAAGAGCAGCGGCGGCGACAGCGGGCGGGGCGUGGUGGCCAAGGUGGCGGACUUCGGUCUGUCCGUGCGCUUGGACGCCUCCGCCACACACGCCUCCAACAUGUUCCAGGGCUCGCUGACGCACAUGGCGCCCGAGGUGAUGCUGGCGGGCCACGUGUCGCGCGCGGCUGACGUGUUCGCGUUCGGCAUCACGCUGUGGGAGAUCUUCACCAGCGGACACCCGUACCGGGGCACGCCCGGCGCGCUGCUGGGCCACCAGACGUCCAAGGAGGGCCGCCGCCCCGUGUUCCCGCUGGGCACACCCGCGGCCUUCAAGGGCCUGGCGGAGAGGUGCUGGGCGCCAGAACCCGCGGCGCGCCCCACCUUCAACGAGAUCCUGGACACGCUGCUGCGCCUGCGUGCCGAGGUGCCCGGGCCCACACCCGCGCUGCAGCCCUUCGCCUCCCUCACCAAGAAGAUGGCGGCGGCCAUGCAGGGCGGGGCGGGAGGAGGCGCGGGAGCUGGCGCGGGAGGCGCGGCUGCGCCGCACGCGGCCGCUGCGGGUGCCAUCGCGAACGGCGGCACAUCAGGGGCAGGGGGCCUGACGAACGGCGGCGGGGCAGGAGGCGGGGGCGGGCUGGGUGGCAGCCUGUUCGGCUCCAUAUAUGGCAGCGGUGCGGGCGGACUGGCGCCACUCCCCAAGCUGAGCCUGGGGCUGGGUGGCGGGCCGGCGACGGUGCAUGUGGGCGGCCGCAUCCUGAGCUUGUCCGCGGCCAUUCACUCGUCAGACGUGCGCGGCGGCUCCUUCAUCGGCAACGCCAACACGCUGGAGACCAUCGACGAGGAGAACCCCGGCAUGGACGGCCAUGGGGCCAGCUCCAACAAGCUGCGGCCGCGCCUAGCCGGUGCAGGAGCCAGCGCGUCUGGAGGCGCAGCGGCAUGCGGCGCCGGUGGCAUCAACGGCAGUAACGGAACGCCGCCGCCCGGCUCCUCGCUCACGGCAAACGGCAGCAGUGGGCCGCUGUUGGAAGUGGAGCUGGCCGGCCUGCCGCCGCCGCCACCCGGCGCCGCCAGCAAUGGUGGCCCCAUGCCGCACGUGGCGGUGGCCAUGGCGCGGUUGCACCGCCGCAGCGCCGGCAACAGCACCAGCUCAGGGAGCAGUGUUGGGUUGGUGCUGUCAUCGCUCGACGCGCCCCAAGCUUGAGCUGCGUGGGGAGCUCGCGCUCUAUUGGACUGCGGACUUGGAUGGAUGUGGAAUGCGCCCAAGAGAUUGUAGUGUGCUGUGCAGUGUGUCAGCUACUGCCUUGAGUCUGUGUCUGCUGUGUGCUAUUUACUGCUGUGUACACGCGGCCGCCCUAAGCAUGUAUUGCAUGGUAUAAGAACACCUGGGCGCUGCAAGCUGCUGCCUGUUAAUUCACAUGACGCCACUGGCUACGUACAACAUCCGAACGAUGGGGCGCGGUGAAAGAGCUUACUAGAGGGGACUGUGAGGCGCGCCCACAGACGACGCGCGGGACUGCGACAACAGGGCAUACAUGGUCGCACGUCUUGGCGUCAGGCGGCCUAUCUUCAAGCAUCAAGGAGUUUACGUUUGUUACGGUAAGCUAUUACGAAUGAAAUGCCUGGGCACGCACCUUGGCUGCGCGGACGCGUGCAUGCAGCGUGGCCUGGAUGACUUCGCAAAGGAGGUAGCGGGGCGUCAUACGCGGUAAUCCAGUAAAGUACAAUGUAGAGGGGCAUGAGGGGUCGUGGCUAAUAGUAGCAGUAUUCAUCAUACGUCAUCCCAUCAUGUCUCAUCCUGAGGAUUGUGAAUGCGUAGACAUCUUUGAGUAGGGUCGGAGGCAUUUGAGGAGAGCCCCUCGGAAUCCGGAGCCAGUAGCCAGUGGCUAUGUGGACGUGUUGAGGAUGCAAUUGUUGCGCUUUGCAAGAGCGCACGGGGCUCGAGGAAUAGGCUUACCAUGCAACACAGUUGACUGGUUGCCGUGCAUUACAAUGGUCUUACCAUGAUAUGAUUAGCGUGGCUGAUUCAUCCUCAGUUCAGUGUAUGGAAUUGGCUAUGGGCUGGCUUCUGAUGCAGCGUGCGUGGACACAUGGAAAGGGUGGCAGCACCAGCUGCACGCGAGAGACGAGGUGGGCAGGUAGCGACGGGCAUGUAUGUGAGGGGCAAGCGGCAGGUGAAGGUUCUCACUGUUCCGCACCAGUGGAUGUCAAUUGCGCAGGCUCCUAGCAGCUGCUGAACAGCAACAGUCGGAUGCGCGUGCUCGUGGGGAACGCCUGCAAAGCAAGCGUUGGGUUGGCAGUGUUGGCGGAUUAAGGUGGCCCAGCGGCAGGCACUUUCACACGGCCCUCGGGACUGCUCGUGUCCCCGGUCCCUCUCGCCUUCUCCGGGUCUCGCUUCGCUCCGUGCGCUCAGCCCAAAAUUGCAAGUCCUUGCCGU